CAGCGGCCUGGCUCUCCCGCCGAGCCUCCUGACAGCUGCCGCCGCGGUCCCCAGGAGCACCCUCCUCCGCAGCCAUGUCUUGUGGUCUGGUCGCCAGCAACCUGAACCUCAAACCUGGGGAGUCCCUCAAGGUGGUGGGCGAGGUCGCCCCCGACGCUAAGAGCUUUGUGCUGAACCUGGGCAAGGACAGCGACAACCUGUGCCUUCACUUCAACCCUCGCUUUGACGCCCAUGGAGACUCCAACACCAUCGUGUGCAACAGCAAGGAUGGCGGGGCCUGGGGGGUGGAGCAUCGCGAGCCGGCCUUCCCCUUCCAGCCGGGAAGUGUGGUGGAGGUCUUCAUCUCCUUCGACAAGGCCGACCUGACCAUCAAGCUGCCAGAUGGACACACAUUCAAGUUCCCCAACCGCCUCAGCCUGGAGGCCAUCAGCUACAUGGCGGCCGAUGGCGACUUCAAGAUCAAGUGCUUGGCCUUUGAGUGAAGCCACUUGGCUCAUGGCCCAAUAAAGGCAGCUGCCUCUGUUUCCCCUCAAUCUGUUAAGUGUGUGUGCCUG